CCGAACUCAUCAUGUCUGGAAGAGGUAAAGGAGGAAAAGGACUCGGGAAAGGAGGCGCUAAGCGUCACCGCAAAGUGUUGCGUGAUAACAUCCAGGGAAUCACCAAACCCGCCAUCCGUCGUCUCGCUCGCCGCGGUGGUGUCAAGCGUAUCUCCGGUCUGAUCUACGAGGAGACUCGCGGCGUGUUGAAGGUGUUUCUGGAGAACGUGAUCCGUGAUGCCGUCACCUACACCGAGCACGCCAAGAGAAAGACCGUCACUGCCAUGGACGUUGUGUACGCGCUGAAACGACAGGGACGAACUCUGUACGGCUUCGGAGGAUAAACGUCUUCAUUCUCAUCAGACAAACCCAACGGCUCUUUUAAGAGCCACACACACUCUCACACGAAGAGACAAUGUCUUGGUGGUAUAGUUUUGUUUAUAUACACACAUUAAACAUCAAUAUUAUUCAUGCUAUACAGAAAGUGUUUUCUGAAUUUAUUGUAGCUCAUGAACCAUGAUUAAAUUGUCUCCUUAUGUACAAUUAUUUACCAAAUUGAAUAUGUUUUUUGAUAUUUUACAAACAUGUAUAGAAUUAUAGAUCACGCUUGGGCUGUUCGAUUCCCGAAAUGUCUUGGUUUUGUUUAUAUUUACACGAUUAACACAUAAAAAGUUAUCCAUAAAGUGUUUAUGUAAGCGCGUACUCGUUUUCUGAAUGUAUCAUUUGUAUAAAAUGUAUUUAUGUAAAUAGAUAUUAUACAAAUAUUUUAGCAAUAUUUUGUAUUAAAAGCAAAAACAGGCAUGUUACGUUUGUCACGACUUAACCACGACGAAAGAUUCGUAAUGUGAUUACGUUACCGUUACGUAAUGGGCACGUAAUUUGGCUGGCUGGGAUUACUGUUUACUCUCACACAUUUGGCAUGUUACUUGAUUAUUAGUUUAUUCAAAGUAAAAUACCAGCAGACUAUCCAGGUCUGGAAAACAGAGGCCUUGUGAGAUUUGGCGGGUAGUCCGAUUG